AUGACCAUCGUGAGGAAAAGCCCGCGUGCCGAAGCAGACAAGCCUUCGACAUGCUUCAAUUGCGAACGGCUGGGAUUUCAAUGCCAAUGGCGGGCACCAGAGCCUGGCGAGGAUUAUGAUCCACCACCAAAACGAAGGCGGACGAUUGGUCAACGUCGACAGGAAUCGCAAGCCGCAGAGAACGGGCCUCUGUCCUCAGUUGAUCCCUCGUCAGGUGCGACCGAAGCGAACAACGAGAACAUUACACCAGUGUCUAAGCAACCGACACCGACAAUCACACGAGAUAGCCCCUUAGAGGAUAUUGAUCAUGCAUCUCGUCAGUCUCCUGGCACACCGAAUAGUCAUCCCGCCGCUCCUGGGUUGGAUCUCGGCUUCGAGACCGAUUACUUCGGUUUUGAUCUUGCAGGAGAGAACUUUGAUGACUUCUUCCCUUUCCCAACUAUCGGCAAUCCUCUUCGGAGCUUGGCAAAAUUGACGGGCGUUGACUCAGCUGUCGUUUGGCAGUUUGGGGCAGACAGUUCCAGUGCUCUUCUUGCUGAAUUCUCUGUUCAGAGCCAUGGCGACGUGUCAGACGUCGUCAACGACGACAACCGCCACUUGAUUCAACAUUAUCUGGAGUCUAUCAAGGGCUACUCCAAGAUGGGCGACCGUGCGAAAGAGUCUAGCAAUCUGUUCGUCUCGGUGCUUACGCAGUCGCUGACAUUUCCGCCUCUUCUCUACGCUAUUCUCGCCUUCUCGGCCUCCCAUCUCUCCAUCAUUAACCCGGCGUAUUGCGAUGGGGCCUCCAGAUUCAACCAGCUGGCCGAGGAAACCUUUUGUCAAUACAGAAAGACUCAUGCAAAAGAGAUUUCAAGUCUUCUCUCGGCCCUCUUCAUCCGGAUCAAACAGCUUCAUAUCAUGGGUGGUAGUAUCGACGCUCUCUUCGAUCUCAUGACGGAGGUUGCCGAAAUCGUAUCGACCAAAGAAUGUGAAAGGGCGCUAGCUGACCCAAACAGUCUCGUCCGAAGAAUAGUCCUUCGUCUCGCUCUUCUAGACGCGCGGGGCACAUGCUUCAGAUUGGGACGUGGUAAGCUUGUGCGAGCUCUCGAGAGAAUACCUGCUCUGUCGUUCAUUUUCGCCUUCAACACCUCCAUCGUCUCUACUCCGUCUUAUAGCCUACUUCGAGCAGACAUUCUCUGUCACAAAAUUGGCGAGAUUGAUGCUAGACUCCACGACCAACUCGAGGCAGAGUUCGCCAGUAGCGGGCCUGUAAGAACUGCGGAGAUCAAGUUACUGUAUGAGAGCAUUCGCAGGGAGCUUAAACCCUGCGAUCGUGAUAGGCCUCAGUCGACGGGAGCCCAGGCUUCUGACAUCAUAACGAAUAAGGUUCUUGGUCCAGCCGAGUAUAACUAUCACAUAAUUUCAUCGGCUCUGCACUCGGCCAUUUUAUACCUCUCACAAGUCUACCCGAUGCCAAUCUUUGACGCGAACCAAUCAAUAUCCAAAAUCCUCCGGCAUCAACUCAGGAUCCAACACGACCCAUCGCGAGCCAACUCACAGCCAUCCAUCCUGCCUUCAUCGAUGUUCUUGGCCGGCUUGUCUACCACGGACUGUAUACAUCGUGACUGGGUUAUUAAAACGUUGCGGGAGGCAGAACCUUGGGGUGUUUACAUCAAGAAGAUUAGAUUGCUCCUGGAGGCAAUUCACACCAUGCAAGCUGGAGGAAAGACGGUUGAUAUUUGUGACGCCAUGGACCAGGUCACCGGUAGGUUCUUGAUGUAA